CACGCCAUCACCGGAGGGUUCAGUGGAGGGAGUGGCCACGAGGCUGCUCGGCCCGAUAUCACUUACCAGGAGCCCCAGGCAGCUCAGGCUGCCCAGCAGCAGCAGCAGGCUGGUCCUUGCCAGUACGAGAUCAAACAAUUCCUGGAGUGUGCACAGAACCAGACUGACCUCAAGCUGUGUGAGGGCUUCAGCGAGGUGCUGAAGCAGUGCAGGUUUGCUAAUGGUUUGGCCUAAGCCUGCAGGACAAGGCUGCUGAAGACCAUCUUUCAAGAACUGACCUAUGAAUGAAAAAAAAAAAAAAGCUUCAAUAAUAAAGUUUAAAGCUGUCUGAUAUCUUGUUAGUUCAUAUAUUCACACUCAUCCUGCCAUAGCUGCCUCUGUGAUACAACUUAACAAACAGCCGCAGAUUAAUUUAGCACAAAAUGGAAGAAGGAACAAUAAAAGCAGAAUGAGCUAAUGUGGGUUCACUGGUUUGCUACUUGUAUUGGAUAUAUGUGAUAUGGUGUAUGAAUAAACUUCUCUCUCCAGAAGUA